GGGAGGGAAGGAGGCGCUCAGUACACCGCCGGACAGGACAAGAGAUCCAGGGCCCAAAAUGUUGUCCAGACUGUUCCGGAUGCAUGGCCUCUUUGUGGCAUCCCAUCCUUGGGAAGUCAUCGUGGGGACCGUAACAUUUACCAUCUGUAUGAUGUCUAUGAACAUGUUCACUGGUAACGAUAAGAUAUGUGGCUGGAAUUACGAAUGUCCGAAGCUUGAAGAGGAGGAUGUUUUGAGUAGCGAUAUCAUAAUCCUGACCAUCACACGUUGCAUAGCAAUCCUUUACAUUUACUUCCAGUUCCAGAAUCUACGACAGCUUGGAUCAAAAUAUAUCUUGGGUAUUGCUGGCCUGUUCACAAUCUUCUCAAGCUUUGUCUUCAGUACAGUAGUCAUUCACUUUUUAGAUAAAGAACUGACUGGCUUGAAUGAAGCCCUACCUUUUUUUCUGCUCCUGAUCGACCUAUCCAGAGCUAGUGCAUUAGCUAAGUUUGCCCUCAGUUCAAACUCACAGGAUGAAGUGAGAGAAAACAUUGCCCGAGGAAUGGCCAUUCUAGGCCCUACGUUCACCCUUGAUGCUGUUGUUGAAUGCCUGGUUAUUGGGGUUGGAACUAUGUCAGGCGUCCGACAACUGGAAAUAAUGUGCUGCUUUGGCUGCAUGUCCGUCCUCGCCAACUACUUUGUCUUCAUGACUUUCUUUCCUGCUUGUGUGUCCUUGGUUCUAGAGCUCUCUCGGGAGAGUCGGGAGGGCCGACCCAUAUGGCAGCUCAGUCAUUUUGCCCGUGUUUUAGAAGAAGAAGAAAAUAAGCCAAAUCCUGUUACCCAGCGGGUCAAAAUGAUAAUGUCCUUAGGUCUGGUUCUUGUUCAUGCCCACAGUCGUUGGAUAGCAGACCCUUCUUCUCAAAACAAUACUGUAGAAAAUUCUAAAGUUUCUUUAGGAUUGGAUGAAAAUCUUUCAAAAAGAAUCGAGCCCAAUAUGUCUCUCUGGCAGUUUUAUCUGUCCAAAAUGGUCAGCAUGGAUAUUGAACAGGUGAUCACCCUGGGUUUAGCCCUGCUCCUGGCCGUCAAGUACAUCUUCUUCGAACAGACGGAGACGGAAUCCACCCUGUCAUUAAAGAACCCCAUGACGUCUCCCAUGGUGACCCACAAAAGGGUUUCAGAAAACUGCUGCAGACGUGAAUCGAGACUGGUCCGAAAUCACCAAAAAAUCAGCACUGUGGAAGAGUCAACUUUCAUAACCAAGGAAGGUAGAGUUGAAGUUAUAAAGCCAUUUCCGGCAGAAACCGAACCCUCAGGCCGAGCCACGUUUGUGGUGGGUAACUCUUCCCUUCCGGAAACGUCUCCAACCCUCCCAGAGAAAAACAAACCUGAAAUCGAGUUACCCAGUCAACCCCGUCCAAAUGAAGAAUGCUUAGAGAUACUCAGUAACUCGGAGAAAGGAGCAAAAUUCCUCAGCGACGCGGAGAUAAUCCGGCUGGUCAACGCCAAGCACAUCCCGGCUUACAAACUGGAAACCCUGAUGGAAACCCACGAGCGGGGCGUGUCCAUUCGCCGACAGAUGUUGUCCACAAAGCUCCCGGAGCCCGCGUCGCUCCAGUACCUGCCGUACAGGGACUAUAACUACUCCUUGGUAAUGGGAGCUUGUUGUGAAAACGUCAUUGGCUAUAUGCCCAUCCCCGUCGGAGUGGCGGGACCCCUCUCUCUGGAUGGCAAAGAAUUUCAGGUGCCCAUGGCAACGACAGAAGGCUGCCUCGUGGCCAGCACCAACAGAGGAUGCAGAGCCAUCGGUCUGGGCGGGGGAGCCAAGAGCCGGGUGCUGGCGGACGGAAUGACCCGAGGCCCCGUCGUGAGACUGCCCAGCGCCUGCGAGGCCGCGGAGGUAAAGGCGUGGCUGGAGGGCGCCGAAGGAUUCCGAAUCAUGAAGGAGGAAUUCGACAGCACGAGCAGAUUUGCUCGCCUGAAGAAAGUCCACAUCAGCUUGGCCGGUCGCAACCUUUACAUUCGCUUCCAAUCCAAGACAGGAGAUGCCAUGGGGAUGAACAUGAUCUCCAAGGGUACAGAGAAAGCGCUUUCCAAACUGCACGACUUAUUCCCUGAAAUGCAAAUUCUAGCCAUCAGUGGCAACUACUGUACAGAUAAAAAGCCAGCUGCUAUAAACUGGAUCGAGGGCCGAGGGAAGUCUGUGGUCUGCGAAGCGGUCAUUCCUGCCAAAGUGGUCAGAGAAGUGUUGAAGACUACUACAGAAGCUCUGGUCGAGGUGAACGUAAGCAAGAAUUUGGUGGGCUCGGCCAUGGCCGGCAGUAUAGGCGGAUACAACGCCCACGCCGCCAACAUCGUGACCGCCAUCUACAUCGCUUGUGGACAGGACGCGGCACAGAACGUGGGCAGUUCCAACUGCAUCACCCUCAUGGAGGCGGCCGGGCCCACCAACGAAGACCUGUACAUCAGCUGCACGAUGCCCUCCAUAGAAAUAGGGACGGUCGGGGGAGGGACCAGCUUGCCACCCCAGCAGGCCUGUUUACAGAUGCUCGGUGUUCAAGGAGCUUGCAGAGACAAUCCCGGGGAAAACGCCCGCCAGCUCGCCAAAAUCGUGUGCGGGACCGUCCUGGCCGGGGAGUUGUCACUCAUGGCAGCCCUGGCCGCCGGCCACCUAGUCAAAAGCCACAUGAUCCACAACAGGUCAAAAAUCAACCUACAAGAUCUCCAAGGACCCUGCACUAAGAAGGCAGCUUGAGUUCCUCGGAUGCUUCUCUCCUGGAGAGUUCCCAAGGGAACGGGUGCUGAUGGACUAAUAGCGAAACGCCUGAAUAAAAACACUUCAAUGCAAUGUCUUGUGGAGAGGAAGGGAAGAUGUCGUCAGAGGGUCAACUCGGCUCUCCUCAACGAUCCUGGAUCACUCCUCCGCGGGGAAGGGGUCCGCUCGGAAAAGGGCUUUGAGUUUGGAAGUCCUCAUUCUUGUGCUUGUUCGCAGGUUCUCAGCCUGGUGUUACAUGUCCAAAAACCACAGCUAGUAAACCUAGAAUUCUCGGGGAGAAGAACUUUGAGUCGGGGGGGGGGAAAUCAGAGAUGUAAAUUUGAUGGGGAUGAUUGGUGCUAUUAGGAAAUGGGAGUUCUGAGCCUAAACGGUAGUCUGAUUUAGGCCGUAGCUAUGGAAACUCCUUAACCGGCCUUACAUUCAAGCAGUUAAGCUUGGGGUCUAAGCCAUGUUGGGGAACUAGUGUAUUGUUAAUUGCUGCCGUCCUCCUCCUAGCGGCGGUGUGGUCCUCUACGAAGCGGGAGCUGCAUCCUUUCUGUAAGGAAAGGCUCCGUUCAUUCCAGCCGACCUCGUAAGGGCCGUGCAGGUGCUAUGAACAACUCUGUAAACGCGCCCUGCAGGUUCGCUUUCUGAGCUUAACUUUUUGUAUCUUUUCUGGCUGCUACGCGUCCACCUAUUCCAAGCCUUACCAAACACAGAUGGGGUGUAGGGCAGGGUGGAGGAGACGGGGCAUUUUAAAACUGUGACUCUAUAGUCAAGGUCAACAAGCCCAAACAGCUGUUUCCCCCUUGCGUCAGCGCUGCCCUCCUUACUAAAAGUUCAGCUGUGGACGGACCAGGGCCUAACUGGCAGUCGUAGGGGUGCGGCCUCUCCGGAACUCAGCCCGCAACCCCACAAGCUUGUCUUCCUUCAACAAAUGAUUAUAAUUUAUUUAGCGGGGUGGGGAGGGUGUGAAGGGAAGGCAGUUUUUUUUCCCCCUCCUUGUAUAGUUGUGUCGAAUCUGUCCAUGUGGAAAGAACGCCGGUUACGGCUCACACAAUGAAGCGUCACUGAGAAAAAGCAUAGCUUGGGCCCGAGAAGAAAGCCCCUUUUCCUAUGACGGCCCUGUAGGGGCAGGCGCCAGAGGGGAAGGGGCCGAUCCUUGCUUUGGCCGGGAGGUCCGAAAGAGCGUGGACAAGCGCUUCGAGCUUCCAACGGGCCCUAGGAGCAUCUCGCCAGGCAGCGGGUGAGAGAGAUGCUGUGUUUUUUCAAAGUGCAAGUUUUUAUAUGAAAGGGGGAUGGAAAACCUGAUUUUUGUACCGCAUCCGGCCUGGCGCUUAAGCGUUGGUCCGAUAAAGCUGACGUGUACCGUAGGAGAAUGACCUCAAGCUACAUUCCGUUUCGGCCGAGGUAGCAUGGAAAGGCCCAAAUGUUGUCUUCUGCAAUGCUGUUGUGAGAAAUGACCUUUCUUGUUGUAUGUAAAAGUUGAACUGCUUCCUGUGCGUUUAGCCAGUGACUUUAUCAUUUUUUUGUUGGCUUUUUUUUUUUUCUGGAAAGGAAGUGAAAGGUUUGCACAGUAUUCAUAUUGGUGAAUGUAACCAACGUCGUCCUAAAUUAACAUUUUGUACAUAUACUAAGUUGUGUACAUUUUGGUACAGAAUCCCUUUUCUGUUUCAGUAAACAAUGAAAGUGCUGCUAGUAGUGACCUUUUUUGAUCAAAUAUUAAACUGUAGCUUAAACAUG